CAUCCUUUGGCGUCAACCACUUCCUCUUCUCACCACACCUUCAUCAGUUCCAUUGCACCUACGCCAGGCUGUCCCGUUGGUUCCAUUGCACCUACGCCAGGCUGUCCUGUUGGUUCCAUUGCACCUACACCAGGCCGCUCUACCAGUUCCACCGCACCUACGCCAGGCUGUCUUGUGGGUUCCACUGCACCCGCACUUGAUUCAUCCAUCGGCUCAUGGAUCGCUAUGUCCAAGACCCCGACAAGUGGGAACAGUACACACGUCGCAAGGGAAGGACCCGCCUCUCAUGGCGUCGUACUCUGGAACGCAUGCACGAUCCCAAGAAAGAGUGUAACAUGUCCCGCAAAUACAGAAUCUCGAUGCAAGUCGACAACUCGUGGGACCUGGAACGUGACGAGAACUUCGCCAUGAGAACCCUCAUGUCGGCCACCAUUGAGCUUCUUGCGUUCAAGGAAGUACCCAGCCUCGAACAACUGUUGACCCUCAAGUGGUUCGACACCGUGUGGCCAGGUAUCUACAUGUGUAUCGGUAUCAGAUACGACAAGGAUGGCAACAUUGUGGAUGUUAUCAUCAAGAUCGGAUGUGCGUGGAGACACAAGGGAGGACUCAAGGCCAGGAAGGCAAACCACCUCAACGACAAUGACUCCAAGUAUUAUGCAGAUACUGGUAGCGGCUUUCACAAGUGGAUCCAAGCUUGCAAAUCAGAUGGAGCCAAAUACGAGUUGCAUUGGUCGAUACUCGCAAUCGGCGACCCGUUCUGGCGUUUGACUGUUCAUGACGAGUACCUGGCCGCCAGGUACUAUCAACUGGAAGCUAUGUUGGCCUCGGCUCUGGGUUCGUGUGGCGAUCAGCCAAGGAUUUCCAACUUCUCUCCGUCAAGGGAUCCCAACUUCUCUCUUCUACGAUUCUGGCCUUGGGAAAGUCCCAAUUUCCAGGCACAAUGGAGAGGCAUCGAUACCCACUCGGCACUCACAGAUAUCUGGUGCAAUCCAUCAGGAAUCACCGAGGAAGAGAAGCUCGAGAGAGUGGUCCUGAGUCGAACAAGACGUUUGGCCGAUAACAGGGAACACGACCUCUACCUGUGCGAUUACGAUCCAGACUGCAACAAAGCCCAGCCUGGCCAGGGUUUCGCGCUAGCCAAGGACCUCGCUCGCCAUAUCGGGAUUCACAUAAGCAAUGAGGUCCUACACCCAUGUACCCACCAGGACUGCCCAAGAUCCGGUGACAAUGGCUUCGAGAUUGCCGCGGCACUCACGCAGCACCUCAACUGGCAUGAGUACCGAGUCGUGCUCGAGUGUGAUGACCCUAGGUGCACAUACUCAACCGGCGGACAAGAACGCUACCAAAAGCACCUGAACUCUCACGCGAACGGCUGGUUAGCAUGUAGAGCAUGUGGACUCAUGUUCGUCCGUUGGAAGUACGCAGACCAGCAUGCGGAACAUCACUGUUUGGCUGAGAAUUCCUGGGUCCUUCACCAAGCCUUCAAGGCAUCGCAUGAGACCAAGACAGGUCGAACCUGCACUGAUGAUAGGUGCGGUGCGUACCUCCCUUAUAAUUACGUGGACAUGGACGUUCUUUUCGACAGACACAUGGAGGCACACACCACAGGCAGGUUCCAUUGCAAGAUCUGUGGUAUCCGCUAUGGUGACGGUCCAGGUAUUCGGAGACACAGAGAAAAGUUCCACGGCUUCACAUACCCAAAGGUCGAACCUGAGAACGAGCCAGUCGUGAGUACCCCGGACCCCAAGAUUGCGAGAGAGACAUCCAGACUCUCACGCGAGGAGAGAGCACUGAAGCGUGCACGCAAGGAAUGAGGCCAAUAUCAGGGCCCCCCAUGACCGAGACCAAGUACUGGUAUUUACUAUUUUGCAUGGAUACGAGAUAGACGAUAGGUCUCUCGAGAGCUAAUGCUGGCGCGAAUAAUGGUAGCUUAUGUUGUCUACAUACAUACUCAAAUAUCUCAAGGUCCUCUCCACAAG